GUUCAUCUGGACUGUUAAUAAACACAAGGCUGCUAGAAAAAGAUGAUGUUCCUCAGAAUGUGUGUGAGCAGAACCGGGACCAGGGUGUUUGGUAUCCACUCAAGGCUCAGAAUGACUCUGAUAAACGCUCUGGAUAUUUCAGCUAAAAGCUGUUCAAGUUUCUGUGAGAACCGGAGCGAGCUGAGGUGGGACCUGAGCCCCGAGCAGAUUCGGCAGCGGACAGAGAAGCUGAUACGGAGGAUAUCACAUGCGUACGACUCGGUGGCUGCAGUGGACGUGGAGAAGGUGUGUUAUGAGAACACGCUGCAGGUUCUAGCAGAGGCCAAGCUGGAUUACGCUGCAUCCCGGCACAUGCUGGAUUUCCCUCAGUACGUCUCCCCAUGUAAAGAAGUGCGAUCUGCGAGCACUGAGGCAGACAAAUGCCUGUCUGAGUUUGACGUGGAGAUGAAUAUGAGAUCAGACGUGUUCCAAAGACUCCUAUCACUACAGGAAAGGCGGUGUAAUGAUUUAUUCCCAGAGUCAAGGAGGUUUCUGGAGCGUCUGAUUAAACUGGGUAGAAGAAAUGGACUGCAUCUGUCUGCUAAUGUGCAAGAGGAGAUCAAAAAACUUUCUAAAAGAAUAAGUGAACUUUCAAUAGAUUUCAACCGGAAUGUUAAUGAAGACCACACAGUGCUGAUGUUCUCCUCAGAGGAGCUGAGUGGUCUGGCAGAGAGUUAUUUGAACAGCUUGGAGAGGACGGAGGACGGGCAGUACAGAGUGACACUGAUGUACCCACACUAUUUCCCUCUAAUGAAGAGGUGUCAUGUUCCAGAGACCAGGAGGAAGAUGGAGGCAGCUUUUCACAGCAGGUGUAAAGAGGUAAAUACAGAAGUCCUUGAACAGCUGAUUGAGUUGCGUGCGAAGGUGGCUAAGCUGCUGGGUUUUAGCAGUCAUGCUAACUAUGUGCUGGAGAUGAACAUGGCCAAGAACUCCAACACCGUGUCACACUUCCUUGAUGAGUUGUAUGAGAAGUUGAAGCCAGUAGGUCAAAAGGAGCGUCAGUACCUCCUCUUGCUUAAACAGGCUGAGUGCCAAAGGCGGGGCCUGGACUUUGAUGGACAGCUGCAUGCUUGGGAUCUGCCAUACUACAUGAACCAGGUGGAGCAGGUGAAGUUUGCGGUGGAUAAGGACAAGCUGAUUGAGUAUUUCCCACUGGAGGUGGUGACUGAGGGUCUACUGGGGAUCUACCAGGAUCUCCUGGGGCUUCGCUUCCACCAAGUCCAAAACCCUAACGUGUGGCAUGAUAGCGUGAAGCUCUACACUGUACUCGACUCCACCACGGGCGAGGAGAUAGGACGCUUCUAUCUGGACCUCCAUCCCAGAGAAGGGAAGUAUAGUCACGCAGCGUGUUUUGGUUUGCGGCCCGGGUGUCUCGGUCCUGAUGGGAAGCGUGCAAUUCCAGUGGCAGCCAUGGUGGCCAACUUCACCAAACCUUCACGUAACUGGCCAUCUCUACUGCAGCACCAUGAAGUGGAGACUUUCUUUCACGAGUUCGGUCACGUGAUGCAUGAGUUGUGCUCCAGGACUCGCUAUGCAGAGUUCAGCGGCACGCUGGUGGAGACGGACUUUGUGGAGGUUCCUUCUCAGAUGCUGGAGAACUGGGUGUGGGAGAAGGAGCCACUACGGAGGAUGUCUCGCCACUACAUUGAUGGCAGCUCAAUUCCUGACAACCUGCUGGAUAAACUUAUUGUCUCCAGAGUGGCUAACACUGGUCUGAUGAACCUCAGACAGAUCAUGCUCAGUAAAUUGGACCAGUCGCUUCAUACCAAGUCUUCUGCUGACACUGCGACUGAGUUCUCCAAACAUUGUGAGGAAAUAUUAGGAGUCCCAGCCACUCCAGGGACAAACAUGACGGCUAGUUUCAGUCACCUGGCUGGAGGUUAUGAUGGUCAGUAUUACAGCUACCUUUGGAGUGAAGUUUACUCCAUGGACAUGUUCUUCAGCCGCUUCAGACACGAAGGAAUCAUCAACCCCAAGGUAGGUAAGGAGUACAGGAGAAAGGUUCUGGAGGCCGGUGGCUCGGUAGAUGGGAUGGAGAUCUUGGAGGCGUUUCUGGGUCGUGAACCCUGUCAGGAUGCAUUUUUUCAGUGUAAAGGACUCGCAAAUCAGUGUAAAAUUUACACUUGAUAUUUAUUACAUCACAGUUUUGUCACACUCUUAUUAUUAUUAUUAUUAUUGUUAUUAUUAUCAUUACUGAUUAAAUCUCUCAUAUAUGUCUUAUUGAUGGUGUAAUUUAUAAAAGACCGCAAAGACUGAAAUAAUGAAAAGGCGAAGUCCGGAAUUAUUGGCACCCUUUA